UAAUCACAUGACCUGCAAGAGAUUUUUUACACUCGAGGAAAACGUACUGAAAAGUGUCGUUCAGAGAAGGUUUCCCCGAACAUGACGUCCUUCGAAGAUGACGAGAACUUUGGAAGCUAUAGUGUAGUGGGGUCCUUUCCGAAAGAUUUUGGCUAUGGUCCUGAGGAUCAAGAUGAACUGGCCAGCAGUGAUAAUAAGCCCAGGAUUCUAUUGUUGGGUCUCAGAAGGAGUGGAAAAUCUUCAAUUCAGAAAGUGGUAUUCCACAAGAUGUCCCCAAAUGAAACGCUCUUCUUGGAAAGUACAAAUAAAAUAGUGAAAGAUGAUAUAUCAAAUAGCUCAUUUGUACAGUUCCAGGUGAGAUUUUUGCUUUACAUACUGUAAAUUAAUAUAUCUCUGGGAUCCAUAGUCACAGUCAUCCGGUCAUCUGUGAGGACUAAAAUAUCGUAGGGAUGACCAAAUCAAUACGAAAACUCAUCCGCUGGACGAAUUUAGUUUGACUCUACCAGAGAAAACAAGAAAGAAAAACAUAUUUUAAAUUUUCUUAAAGACUUUCCUGCAUUGUGACGACUUGUCAUCCAUUUGGAACUUACAGAAAACAGAAAGAUUUGCAGCUUUAUUCUGCAAUAAAAUCAUAAUUUUGAUUGGCCAUUGGGGAUGAUGUGGUAUUCUCCAGGAAUGAAAUCAUUGCAGGCUCAGUUUUCAUUUUGCCAACUACUGAUGCUCUGUACUGCAUGUGCAUCUGUGAAAACACAUGGCAUGAUCACAUCACCUGUUUUGAUCAGGAUAUGUCAUUUAGUAAUGUUAUCACUUUGGAAAAACAAGCCUUCAUGGCAGUUGAAGAGGCUUUGGUUUCCAUUUGCACAUCUGGAUUUUCUGUAUCCGCUGACAGCCACAACUACAGACAUGAUGCACUUGGAGAUUGGUCACGUAGAAAAUUAUAAUAAAAAAAGUAACCUUUCAAUUUACAGUACAUGCUGUUCUGUUCCCAUUAAACGGGCAAGUGAAAUUUUGCCAGGACAAGUAU